GUCCAAGGGUUCAAAUCCACAUGAAGCAGAGGUUGAGUUCAGUUGGGCUGGACUCCCAGUCCCACUCCAGCAGGUCCAGGUUUAACACUGACACACUGUUCACUCAGUCACACCCAACACUGACACUAACUCAACAUUCAUCUCUUACAGCUUUAUUCAUGGACACUUUGGGCUUUUUCAGCAAACAUUCUACAGACGUUUUGUGUUUGAUGUUGUGAUGAUUUAGUUUCAUGUCAGUUAGACCAACAGCUGGACUUUUUCUACCAGAUGUAUUCUAUGUGUAAUUGAACUGAGUUAUGACUGUUUCACAGACUAAGAGAAGGACGAUGGCAAACUCCACACAUCUGACACAUUUCAUUCUAUCUGCUUACUUUGACACCGGGCAUCUCAAAUAUCUAUAUUUUAUGAUUGUUUUGUUGUUGUAUGUUCUAAUGCUUGUGUCCAAUGUUCUGCUGAUUGUGGUUAUCUGUGUGAACAGAAGCUUACAUGAACCUAUGUACCUUUUUCUGUGCAGUCUGUUUGUUAAUGAACUGUUUGGUAGUACAGGGAUAUUCCCAUCUCUACUCACUCACAUACUCACAGACAUUCACACUGUUUCUGCUUCACUUUGUUUCCUGCAGAUUUCAUGGAUUCACUUUUAUGGACAUAUGGAACUUUUAUUCUUAGCCGUCAUGUCAUAUGACCGAUACUUUGCCAUCUGUCAUCCUCUACAAUAUAACACACAUACGACCAAAAACAGGAUUGUCACAAUGAUUAUUGUACCAUGUUUUUAUUGUCUUUUUUGGAAUAUUUUCAUGAUUUCUUUAAGUUCAUCUUUACAGCUGUGUGGAAACAUCACUGAUAAAGUGUACUGUGAUAAUUACCCAAUUACCAGGUUGGCCUGUUCUGAUAUCACUGCGCACAACAUAUUUGGACUUAUUGCUGGUUUUGUUAAUAUUUUGUCUGCUCUCAUGUUAAUCCUCUACUCGUACAUGAGGAUCUUUAAAGUGUGUUUUUCUGGAUCUAAACAGACCAGACAUAAAGCUGUCAGUACCUGUACGCCUCACCUGGCUUCACUGAUAAACUUUAUUCUCGGGGCCAGUUUUGAGAUCAUACAGAGCAAGUUUAAUAUGAACCAUGUUCCCGGUGUACUGAGAAUAUUUUUAUCACUGUAUUUUUUAAUGUGUCAGCCACUCUUUAACCUUUUAAUGUAUGGACUGAACAUCUCUAAAAUCAGAAGCCUCUGUAAAUGGUUGCUCUGGACCAAACUGUAA